UAGAGUGUAUGGAUAGUAUUGCUCAUAAUUCAUACGAUUCAAGCGCAUUAAAUCCCAUACUGUACACAAAGUGGGGACAAUAACUUUGUGCUUGCACCACCAACUUACCCCAUCUCCUACAAUACACCUCUCUCUCUCUCUCUCUCUCUCUCUCCAACACAACCCAAAUCCAAGGAGAGAGAAAAGAGAGGAGAGAGACACAUACAACAAUGCCUCUCCAGAGGGUCUUCCUUGUAUCCUUCUCUCUAAUUUUGAGUACUUAUUUGGUGUGCAUAACUGGCACUGAGGCUAAAACUAGUAACAUGCGCGGUUAUAAUGAUAGUAGUAGCAGGAUAGGCGACCGGGAAUUGGAAGCAGAGUUUUUGAUGGACACGGAGGCGCACCGGAGGUUCCUGGAGCAGGGGAAGAACAUCGACUACGGCGCGCUCAACUCCGACCGCCCCGCCUGCAAUGCCGGCGCCGGCAAGCCCUACUCCGGCAACUGCGUUCCCGCCUCGUCCGGCAACAAGCACGGCCGCGGGUGUGAAAUCUACGACCACUGCCGCUCCGGGCACCGCUGACCCGAUCUUUGCCGAACAAACAAAACUUCAGUAGGAAGCUCCCUAAUAAAUAAGAGCGUUGGAUGCAACGUACUAGGUUCCAUAAUAAUAUGGUAAAAACAUACACUACUUACAUGAACUAUUGAUCAUUUUGAUUUUGCUAUCUAAUCAUUUAAUUUAUUUGAUUUAGUUCAGCCAACGAUAUUUUAACUUUAAAAUUUAAAUAUAUCGCUUAUCUUUUGAGAUAUAAUUAGUAUGCUUCAUGUAAUGCUCAAAGUUAUAUAUUUAUUAAAGUAAUUAAUUAAUUUAAAUUUUAAAGUUAAAGUAUCGUUGGCUGACUCAAAUCUAAUAAAUUAAAAAAUUGGAUAGUAAAAUUAAAAUUUUAAAAAAUUAGAUAGCUAAAUUUAAAUGAUCGAUAAUUUAUGUUAGUUCUGUAUGAUUUUAUCUGAAAGGAGUGGUUGCGAUAUGUGAGAUUGUAUCCACUUUGACUGGCUUAAAAAUUUGUAUUGGUUGUGAUCUUA